CUUCAGGUGCGGCCUGCCGGUGGAGGUGGCGUGGCAGGGCUCGGGCGAGAUGGAUGCGGCCACGUGGGCCUCCCUGGAGCGCCACUUCGCCCCCCUGCGCGGCAUCAACGUGCGGGACACGCCGCACCCGGUCAGGGGGCUGCACGGGGAGCGCUUCGACGCCACCUCCUACAGCGGCAAGGUGUAUGCGCUGGCGGUGUCGCGCUUCAGGGAGGUGCUCAUGCUGGACGCAGACUCGCUGCCGCUGCUGGACCCCGCGGCGCUGUUUGACGACCCGCGGUUCGUACAGUACGGCAGUCUGUUCUGGCCGGACGCUUGGACGGGUCUGGCGGACCGGGCGGUGUUCGGCAUGUACGGCAUGAAUGGAGACCGUGCGGAGUCCGUUCUCCGCCUGGGUCGCGGUGCGGGUCGUCGCGACAGUGAGAGCGGCCAGCUGCUGCUGGACCGCUCCCGGCACCUGGACGUGCUGGAGGCGCUGCUGCUGCUCAACCGCCACCCGGACGCCAACAAGCCGCUGCUGUGGGGAGACAAGGACUCGUUCUGGCUGGCAUUCGCAGCGGUCGGGAAGGCGCACUGCUUCGGACAGGUGGCGGUGCCGCCAGCCGCCUUCCUCCACUGGUCUCCCGACAAGCUCCUCACCAAGGCAACCAGGACAGCCGGACCCGGCUGGCUGCUGGCGGGCUUCGUACAAAACAUAGAAGACGUGCCGUACGUGUACGGAAGCAUGGUCAACGGCACCACGACACCAGUCCCUGCCGCUGCCGCUCCCCCUGGCCGUCCUGUUCGCCCGGGUGAAUCGCUGCUGGUGCCUCUUACAGGGCUGGUGCGGCCCGCCUUCCUGCACCGCACCAUUGACAAGCUCCGACAGGAGCACGAGCCGCGUGUCGUGGAGGUCGUGACAGCGCCCAUGGCACAGAGGUGGGCUAACUUCUUCUUGGAUCACGACAACCCCGGCCCCACCCGCGGAGUGCCCUGGGACUACUGCGUACCCGACUCCUCGCUGCGCAUCCUGUCAGUCACACCCCUCAACGCCUCCUCGUCCCUCGGGAACGCCGCCACCUCCACCUCCUCCAGCGGGCACCUCCCCCGCUCCCGCCUCCGCUGGAACGUGUCCGCUCCCGCGCAGCUGCCCCCCACCACCGACCAGUGGCUGGCGAAGGCGCGGCGGGAGUGGCGGCAGCGGGCGGCAGCAGCCGGAGGUCGCAGGAGGAGGGGAAGCAAGGAGGAUGCAAAAGGGCUGGUGUGGUCAUGGGGCGAUGAGGAGGUUGCUACGGAGGUGCUUGGAGGGGCGAAGAAGGAGAAGGUGGCGGUGGGCCGGAGUGGUUCUGCGGGGGGCAGCGGCGACCCGGAGGGAAUGUGUCCGCUGGUGCCUUCCACUGUUUCUGCUGCAGCGAAGGAGGAGGCUGGGGGCUGUCCGGUGGAGGAGAUGGAGGUGUAUCUGCAGGCCCUGGACGCUGGCGUGCCCCUGGACCGCCACCCCGCCCUGGAGCGGCUGUGCGCGCAGCAGCUCAAGCGGGCAGCGGGGGCGGCGGGUCAGCGGGCGGAGGUGGCGGCGGAGACAGCUGCUAAACGCCGGGACCUCGGUUUGGCAACAUCCGCCACCCGCGCCUACCGCGCCGCCAAGGCCGACGGAAGCGCCAAAUGGGUACCGCUGCCUCGAUCCUCUGUCGGGCCUUACGCAUAUUUAGACACUCCAGAUGCCCGCGGGGGCGAUGUGGGCGCAUUGGGCAGCUGGACGCCACCCCCGCUGCCGGCACUGAGGCAAGACUGG